CUGUCACGUGGUUAACACACAAGCGGGUGUAGAUGGCGACCAACGAUCAGCCAAGCGUGACUAUAGCAACUCGGUGUAUAGACACUCACGGUUGACCGGCAAGUUUCACAACAUUGAAUCGAAUCGAUGGUCUAGCCAGCUAACAAAGGGUUUCGAUGAUCCCCAUCAUCAUUGUUCUCCAAGCCAGGCAACCCUGACCCCACCCUCGAGUGACGGUUAACUCUCCGCCUCAGUGCUACUCGCUUGUAACAGCUUGCUGAUACUGCUUCCGGCCUGCUUUCGACCUGACAAGGUGUGCAGCGCACCUCCGCCCUCACCUGAGACAUCCCAGGAAGCCGCCAGGCGAGUUUCGACUCAGCAACCACGAGAGCGAGGCCAACGUGCUGUGUCAUCAUGAAAUAUUAACAGAAGCUGAGCCAGACUUCGCUUCCAGACUCGAUGCUGGAAACAGCCAACCACUCUGAUCACAGGCUGCUGCUCCACAACCAAGACUCAAUGAAUUUUUAAACUUUGUAAACAUGGUGGUCUAUCUGGAAUAGGGUGAAUGGACCGGGACAAACCCACCCCCACUGUUUAUACAUUCAUCUUUCUUUCGGCUUUUGUUUACUCCUUCAGAGUUCAUCAGUUCAUCAAAAGCAAUAAAACUAUUUUUAACACUCAAACACUGACAAUUUUUUCUUCUUCACCAAUAACACAUGCAUUCUUGACGAUAAACAAGAGGCUAGACACCUACACACCCACCCACACAUUGAUGGUGCAGGUAGUGCAACAACUUGUGAAGGAAAUACUUGACCCACUUUCGGCCUUGACCUGAGGCUUUCGAGAGUCAAAUACCUUCUUCUCUCACUUACUACUGACGACCUGUACUUGAGCUGCCAAGGUGUGAAAAAAAAAAUCACAGGAAGAAAUUGUAAAAUGGUUCUGACAUCGGCCCUCUUGUUCUUCUACUUUCGAGACCUGGCGAACUACAUGUUGGACUGGGGACAGAUCUACUACAAGAAAAAAAUGGCGAAGUCGGAAGUGCAGAGGUGUUUAGACUGGCUGUUUCAAAAACAGAGCGAGCUGGAGACGGAGAGUUUCGGCAAGGGGAGACAAGGCGUCGUGGACGCGCUGUCUUCUCAGAGGGCAAGGACGAACGACAUCCACAACUUCCGGUCCAAGAUUGACAAGCUUGUGGAGACUGAGAAAUUGGCCGCAGAAACAGCGAAAGAUUUGGAUGGCAAUUACAACUCAGUGUCGUCCUUGUCCAAGAAAAGACAGCAAUGUCUGGAGACUGUAGCCCAGAUCGCUUCUUUGGAAGAAUUUAUACAGAACAUGGCAACAGAGUUCGAUUCCAGAGCGCUUCAUCUUGUGAGCAAAGCUGAAGUGGAGAAGCAGACCGGAUCCCCAGACCAGUCCAAUGAGAGUCUGGCCAAAGCCAGUCAGACUUGUAUCCAGGCGGUGCGUGCCAACUGGCAGUGGCUCUUCCAGGUCAUGCAGUGCGCCGAGGUCCACCUGCGCAACGACGCCCUGUAUCAGGAGUUUUUCCACGAGGUAGAGGAGGCUGAGUACUGGAUGGAAACCACACUUACCCGCAUCCACCUGUCCUUUGACCGGAACCGCCUGCAGGGAAACAGAGCCGACGCGGAGGCUAUUCAAGAAGAAAUCAAUGACGUGCUGCAAGCCUUCCUGCUGUGGCAGACCAAGAUCGACUACCUGUUCGACCGCGCCAAACAAGUCGUGCCGGUGCCGCAAAGGGUUAAAGGGAUUAAAGAGCCGCGACCUGUCUUGGCCCUCACAGACUUCGACAACAGCGAGAUAAAAUUCAUCGAGGGAGAGGCACUCACUCUGCUGGAUAACUCAGAUAGAAGCAAAUGGAAAGUACGCAACAGUGAAGGUAAAGAAUCCCUGGUACCUGCUGUGAUCAUUCUCAUACCUCCCCCGAGUGGUGAGGCCAUGGACGCGGCCAUCAGGUUGCGCGUGCAGCUUCUGUCGCUAUGGACAACGAGUGUCAAGAGGUUAGGCUACCAGCUGAUCGCCUUCAUGCUUCUCGUCUUCCGAGACUGGAACGAUGAGGAGACGGCGCUGUUGCAGCAACUGUCUCCUGAGGACAAGGUGGAGCUGCUGCGGGUCAUCAAGUACAUUGAGAGCACGCUGCAGGAGCACUGGCAGGAGUACGGGGACUUCCAGGAGCUGCAGGAGAGGAUUCUGAGGCUGAGGAUGAUCAUCGAGGAGGCGCCUGAAGGGAGAGAAUCGAAUACAGAAUUUCUGCAGACUGUUGUCGUUCAGAUUAAAACACUCGAAGACCUCUUGAAAAAGUACAAGGACUUCUGGGCCUUUUGGGAGACCUUCAAGGUGAUCGUGGAGCUUCUGAAGCAACCCAAAUUUUUGCUGGUGUGUGACAAGUGGGACCAGCUGAAGUACAUCACCACAGCCCACUUCGUCAGGUUCUUGGAUGUAAAACUGGAUGCUGUUAAUGGAAAAGCCAAAAAAGAGCCAUCCAGCAUGGUUCUGCAAGAAAAGAACAUGAAGCCUGGUAAAUUCUUCGGUCCUGCAGACAGGUUCUGGGACACCAACCUCGACAUUGCUGACGGCGACCUGACGAAGCAGACGGCAUCUCUCGUCCUACAGGAGGCGCCGAGUGAGGAGCUGGUCAGCAGUGAGGUCAUCAUUUCGGAGGAGAAGGAGGAGACCACGACUGACACACUGACAACGAGCUUAGAAGAAGAACAAAGCACCUUCAUCAUCACAGGUGUUCUCGACCCUCGCGACAACGAGAGCAAACUGACGUUACAGGAAGCCAUCAUGCUUGGAGUUGUUGACCAGGCCAAGGGACUGUACCGGAACCCACUGACCGGCAGCAGCAUGACGAUGACGGACGCUAUGAGCGAUGGUCGUGUCCUGCUAGAGAUCGUCUCUAAGAAAAAGAUCCGGGAGGAGAAGAAUUCUUACGGCAUCAUCACCAUCAAAAUCACUCGAGAGACACGUCCGUACACCAUCACAGGAGUUGUCGACCCUCACUCGGAGACGAUUUUGAGUGUGACUCAGGCCGUUCACGACAAUAUUUUAGACACACACAACUCCACCUACAAAACAGAGACAGGGGAGCUCAUUUCCAUCAGCGAUGCCAUUGCCAGUGGACUGGUUCACGUGGACUACCACGAAGACCCGAACGCCAAACCGGAAGUCGUGUCGAAAACGUACACCGUCCAUGGAGUGGUAGACACGAGGCGCAAACAGAAGGUAUCCUUCUCAGACGCUGUUCGACUUGGCCUGCUGGACCGUGACACAGGUGAGUAUAUCAACAAUGUCACGCAUCAAAAGGUCGGAGUGCAAGAGGCCAUCAUGCGAGGAUUCAUCAAAGCCAGGGUCGUGGCUGACCCGUCCAAGCUGGAGGUCGACCCAAGGAACCAGAUUGUCGUUCAGAAGCUGGAAAGUGCGAAGGAAAAACUGAAGAAAGGCGUGAGGGCAAUCAAGCAGUUCAAAGCCCUUGGAAAGCCGCUGUAAACUCUCCUCUUGCCGCCAUGGAUUUGAAUUGUAAAUUAUAGACUUCAUGAAAGUGGAGAAUUGAACUACAUGCAUGAAAAUAUAUCCUCUACUGAUUUAGUGUAAAGAUCUCAAUUUGCAUUUCUUUUCUAUGGGUUUCUUUUUUUUCGUCAUGGCUGUAGUUAGAUAUUUUAGUGUCUUUUAAAUAGAAUUCAGAGUGACUAGAAUUGAAAAUAUUGUAAAGACAAAUAAAAAUGUUAUCAGAAAGUUGAUCUGUAAGAUUGCAUGUAUUAUGAGCGAGGUCAAAUGAAUGUAAUAAGUGAGAAGGUCGGCACAUUUAUCUGAGGAAGUUAUAGCCAGCUAAACAAUAUUUAAUUUCAGGAUUUCAUUAAAAAAAACAAAACAAAAUAAGUCAUCUUGCUUUAACUAUAAGGCUAGAGAUUUCCUGUGACGGAGCUUACACAGACAAUACACACUUAAAUGUCAUGUUUAUUUCUGUGCCAGGUAUUAAUUAAAUUAAAUUAAAUUGAGUUAAGCUAAUCAUCUUACAGUCUUAGCUAAAAUGAUAUUUUUCUUGUGGCUGAAGAUACUGCAGUUCAUCUGAAUAUUUAGAGAUAAAGAAGAUAAAAUUUGAAUCACUUCUAAGUUUUUCUUCUGCUUAUACUUUGGAAUUAGAUAAGAGAUUGAUUUAUAUAAAUUUUUAUGAAUGUUUAAAUAUAUUUAAAUUCAUAUAUUUUAAUAUCUGUUGUACUGAAACAUGCAUGCACUUUAAUGUAGAUGUGCAUUUGCAUGUUUUAUUCUGUGUUUUCUACCGGAAUGAAUGUGUCAGUAAGUAAUGUUCUCAAAAUAUGGCGCAUGUCGUCAUUUGGCGUGUUACUGCUGGGAAGUAAGAAAUAAAAUAAAUCGUUGAACUUUC